CGCUCUAUCCAGAAGAUUCCUUCAUCUCAGCAAUCGAAAUUACCCUUUGCCAUUUGGCGCAGACUCCUCUCUUCAUUUACACCUCCUCACUUCUAUCUUCCUCGGGAUAUAUACCCAGUAUAUAUCCCCAUUUUCAACAUACGCCAUGCCUUCAAUGGUAAAGAGAGUCACCUCGCGCGUCGGCAAGGCCAUAGAACGUCGCUGCGAGAGAUGCCCAGCCUACCGCGUGGCCAAAGGUGCCGGAUACCUUACUAUCGCCAUAGCCUGCGCAACUGUCCAGGUCCUUCGCAACAGCUUCAAGGGCCCGAACGUCGAUCAGGUUGCUGCUGCGCUCAUCGCAUCCCAACCCAGUGCCGUACCGACGUCGUCUUGUCCCUCCACUAUCCACCCAGUCCUCGGAAAGAAAGCGCAGCCCAUUUCGGCCGUUCAGAUGCUCGGUCACUUCGCUCCCCUCACCCCCGAGCAGAGCCGGCGCGCAUGGCUCGAGGACAUCCGUGCCCCCCGCAAAAUUCCCUACGCCUCUUAUGGGUUUUUGAGCGCAUCGUACACCAAUUCCCCGAUCGCCCGCAAGCUGGAUCGUCACUUCCGCCCGGAGGUCUCCUGGCAGGAGAAGAAGCGUCGCCGUGACGAGAUCGACAACAAGCUCGCGCGCGAGGCACGACAGGAGCGCGAACUCCGAGAGGAGAUGCGCCAAUCCUCUGGGCUUCGGGUCGUCGAUACCCAGUCAGUCCCUCCCCCUAUCGACUCCCAAGAAGAGGAGAAGAUGAGGAAGUCGAGACUGGAGAACGCGGCACGUCUCUGCCAGGGCAUUGCCCGGCACGGCGUUGCCGCUGCGCCACUACAUCAACAGAUGUAUGCGCGAUUCGAGGCCGCCCUGGAUCAAGGCCAAGAUCCGCGGUACCAGGUUGCCUUCGACUUCAUGACUGUCGAUGAGAAGAACCAACUCAUCUUCAAGUGGGUCGACAAGCAACAAGACAUCGCCCGCGCCCAGCGGAGGGCCCAGUUCGACCAGGAGCAAGCCCUGGCGCAAGCAGAGGCUCAGCGUCAAGAGGCUCUUGGCCAACAACGCCUCGAAGCCAUCCAGCAGCUCUCUUCUGCCGGACCCGUCAUCCAAACCCUCCUGCGCAUGGUGGGCAAUGCGUUUGCGGAGGGUGACGAGGACGCAGUCAUCCUUCUGGCCAAGGAGGCAGUCGAGGGCCUGUGGGUUCCAUGCCAUGCCAUUCUCAACGGCAUGGCUUCUCAGAUUGAGCAAGCCGAGGUUGGUCUCCUCGGCUGGCCGCUUGAGAUGAUGGAGCAGCUGCUCAUCACUCUCAACGGCCUCAACGCCCCAACGCCGGAUAUCAUCAACUUCCGCGAGGGGCUUGAGGCUUGUCUGAGGCCCAUGGCUGCCGCCUUUCAGGGCUGGAUGGCGCCGUCUUCUGCUGCGCCAGUGACAAUGGCGACGGCGGCUCCCUGGGCGUCCGCCAGGGUCCAGCAGGCUCCGAGCGCGGUCUUCGCUGCCGUUGCCGCUCCCCAGGCGCCCACAGCCCCGUCCGCCAACGUCCUCGCUGGGUUGGAGAGCCCACCUCUCGUCGCCUCCAAGCCCGCCCCCGCCUUCCAGCAGGAAAGGCCCAGCAGCCCCCUCCCGGAGACCAAGCCCUCUGCAGCCCUCUCCGCCACGGCCACUGCCGACGACGACAAGACCAGUCUGAUCCAGAAGAUGGAUGCAGACGUCGGCAUGCUCGACUCGUUCGUGAAGGACGUCGAGCAGCAGGCCAAGGCGAAGAGUGGCUUGCAGAGCAAGCUGUGCGACCAGAUCAGCGUAAUGCUGCAGGUUCCUCUGGAGCGAAUCCAGAAGAACCCCGCAAUUACGUUUGACGAUGGCGAGGCUGGCAAGUUUGGUCGCCGGGUAGUGGAGUUGCUGGCUGCGAUGAAGCGGGUGGUCAAGGCCAAGCAGGACCAGAGGUUCAAGGAGCUGAGGGGGGAGGUGGAGCAGGUGGUCAUGCUCUUGAACCCGUGAGGGUGGUCGGCGAGAGGCGUCUGAGCCAGCAGAGCUUCCGCUGAAAAGUUUUGUUUUCUGGCGUUUUCUGGCGUUUUGUUUUUGUUUUUGUUUUUCCUUUCGUUUUUGCUUUCUUUUUCUCUUUCUGUAUUCAACUGCGUUUUUAUGAUACCCACUCAAGGUGUCGCUGCCUCAUGCAGACCUAUACACCUCCUUUUCUAUUUCUUUUCCAAUUUCUAUAGCUCGAAGGUUUUUAUCUUGCCUUCCAUAGCUAGAAAUAGAAACAUUUUAGUCCAAGUCUCGUCCGAACGGCAUUUUCCUCCUGAUUAGCCUUCCCUGCAUUGAGACCCACUAAAUGACAAUCCAGCAAAUCAGCGUGCAGGAAGUCCGACAUAGCCAAUCAACCAACAACACCUUUCAACCAAUAAAACCGCAGACAACCCGAACUAGCAAAUGGGCG